GGACUCCUUUGGGGAAGAGAGUCAGUUGAGCGCUGAGGUGGGGGCAUAGGCGGUGGUCGCCAUGACGCGCAGGCUGAGUGCAGGAGCCUCGGUUAUAGCAGCGGCUGCCGCAGCAGCAACAACAGAGGAGGCUGCUGGAAGGGUCUACCGGGAUCCAGGAGCUGUCCCUUCAGCACCACCCGCCUAGCCAGGCCUGGCUCUCAGACUCCUCCAGCCCCAGGAGAUGGGAUCUUCUAAUCUCCCGCUGCAGCCCACACCCACCGUGGUUGACUGACUUGAGCGGGCAGCUUCAGCCCCCACAGAGGGAGCGGCUCUUGCUUCGGGGAGAGAGGGAGGCGGGUCUGGGGUCGGGGGUGAUUCCCCAAGCGCCAAGGCCGAGGAUCAACCUGUCAACCCCGGGCACGAACAGCUGGCAGUUCUCUGAUCACCCAAGCCUGGAAGACAAGCAGGAGACAUCGCCCUAGAUCCCUCCUGCUAGACACGCACACACACACACAUACACACACACACAGACGCGCACACAGACACACACACGAACAUCCAGUGGGCAGCAUCAGCAACAGCAGGAGCAGCAAUGCUAAGAAGGUGGUCUGGGAAGUUUCACACUUGGAUCUCCAGCGGAUUCCCGAGACUGCAGGUGUAGCUCCCCGCCAGUGUCCCGGGUCUCCCCAGGAUGACGGGCCAGAGCCUGUCGGAUUUGUCCGAAGCUAACUUCGAGGAUAGCGAGAUCAGCGUCAACGUUGGGGGUUUCAAGAAGAAGCUGCGCUCGCACACGCUGUUGCGCUUCCCGGAGACCCGGUUGGGCCGCCUCCUGCACUGCCGCUCCAAGGAAUCCAUCCUGGAGUUGUGUGAUGACUAUGACGACGCGCAGAACGAGUUCUACUUUGACAGGAACCCAGAGCUCUUCCCCUACGUCCUGCACUUCUACAACACAGGCAAACUCCACGUGAUGGGAGAGCUCUGCGUUUUUUCCUUCAGCCAAGAGAUAGAGUACUGGGGGAUCAAUGAGUUCUUCAUCGACUCCUGCUGCAGCUACAGCUAUCACGGAAGGAAGAUGGAGCCUGACCAAGAGAAGUGGGAUGAGCAAAGUGACCAGGAAAGCACCACCUCCUCCUUUGAUGAGAUCCUGGCCUUCUACAACGAUGCAUCUAAAUUCGAUGGGCAGCCCUUGGGAAACUUCCGAAGGCAGCUAUGGUUGGCUCUAGAUAACCCAGGCUAUUCCAUUCUGAGCAGGGUAUUCAGCAUUCUUUCCAUCAUGGUGGUACUAGGCUCCAUUGUCACCAUGUGCCUCAACAGCCUUCCUGACUUUCUGAUCCCUGAUAGCCAAGGCAACCCAGAAGAAGACCCCAGGUUUGAGAUUGUGGAACACUUUGGUAUUGCCUGGUUCACCUUUGAGCUAGUGGCCAGGUUUGCUGUGGCCCCAGAGUUCUUCAAAUUUUUCAAGAAUGCACUGAACUUGAUUGAUCUCAUGUCCAUCAUCCCCUUUUACAUCACUCUGGUGGUCAACCUGGUGGUGGAGAGCUCUCCUACCUUGGCCAACUUGGGCAGGGUAGCUCAAGUCCUCAGGCUCAUGAGGAUUUUCCGCAUUCUAAAAUUGGCCAGACAUUCAACUGGCCUUCGGUCUCUUGGGGCAACCUUGAAAUAUAGCUACAAAGAAGUGGGGCUCCUCUUGCUUUAUCUUUCAGUGGGCAUAUCAAUAUUCUCUGUAGUGGCCUACACUAUUGAGAAAGAAGAAAAUGAGGGUCUGGCCACAAUCCCUGCCUGCUGGUGGUGGGCAACUGUGAGCAUGACAACUGUGGGCUAUGGUGAUGUUGUUCCAGGGACCACAGCUGGGAAGCUGACUGCCUCAGCUUGUAUCCUUGCUGGCAUUCUUGUGGUGGUGCUGCCAAUAACUCUGAUCUUCAAUAAAUUUUCACAUUUUUAUAGGCGACAAAAGCAACUUGAAAGUGCCAUGCGCAGCUGCGAUUUUGGAGAUGGAAUGAAGGAGGUUCCUUCAGUCAACUUAAGGGACUACUAUGCCCACAAAGUUAAGUCGCUGAUGGCAAGUCUUACCAACAUGAGCAGGAGCUCACCGAGUGAACUAAGUUUAAGUGAUUCCCUACAUUAGUCUGAAGGUCUGGACCCAUCAUAAUCAUCAAAACCAUACUGAUGGUUGAGCUGCCUUUUGUGCUCCUGGCAUGGCUCCAGGCUCCAUAGGGUUACAAAGUAAGGAGAAGACAUAGUCCUUCCCCUUCAGUACCUUACCAUUCUAAACAGAAGGAGAUGCCUGACCAGUGCACACCCCCAAUUGCUUCCAUAGCAUGUAGAAUCCUUGAUAUGGGUUGGGGUGACUAACUAUACCAACUUUGCAUUGAGAAAAAUGCUAAACUUUGUGCCUGAUGAGUAUCCCAAAUGGCAGUUUUUCUAUACAAAUCACUCAUCAUGUACCCAACUCUGGUGUUCCUGGUGCAGUUGCUGUCAGUUUGCACUUUCGUUUCCAAGUUAUCAUGUGAGGAUUGGAUAAAAGUAUAUCUCUCCAGUGGGAACACUUGUGAAGUCAGCAAUGAAAAACUCAGAUUUAACUCACAAGAAUGUGGGGGGGAAAUCUCAUACUUUCAUUUCCCAAUUUGCUUCAAUGCUCAAAACAGAAAAUGUGAAAUUAAGCACAUAUCACCAAUGCAACUUUCUGUUUUUCUUAGAACUUAACCUGUAGUUCUGUGGCUUGCAUGGGUACAUAUCAUACUACUGUUAUUUAUGCAAAUAUUACCUCCCUUGAAAUUUAAUUUACUCAGUUUACACGUGAAGUGAAAACUGGUCCUAGUUCAGGACCAAAAGCAUUGGGAAGUUAGGGUUAGUCUAAAAUCAGGCAUAGACCUGAUCAUUAUGAGGUUUUCUAGGCUUUUUGGUGUGGGAAAUGGGAGUAGUGAGUUUCUCAUUAAUGAAGGAUUGCAAGUAGAGGCUUGAUAUCCACUUGUUGGGAAUCUCAUAAAGGGAUUUGUGCCUCAGGAAUGGGUGGAUCUCUAGGAUUUCUUUCAACUCUGAGAGUUUCUUAUUCUUAAUGGGAGCCAUUGGGAGCCACAUGGAUGAAGAAGGCACCCUGCUUUUCUGAGAGUCUUUCCAAAGGGGAUAUUGCCUUAGGCUUGGUAUGCACAGGCCUGGGAUGAAUAGAUUUUUUCCCCAAGCUGUAUUUCAUGUUCUAAACAAUUUUACCCAAUUCUGCUGGGUCAUAGAAAUUAGCAAUUUUUUAUUUGUCAUUUUUUAAGAGUAUGGAUUAGGAUAUUCUGCCUCUUCCAAUUACUUCUUAGUAAUUAUUUUAGUUUAUUAUUUAGUUUAUUUUACUGUCUUAUGAAAGUAAAUUUUCCUAUUUCAUAUGAAAGACAGUAGCUUGGAAACUGUCUUAGUAUCCUCCUCUGAAAUCUCCUUAAAAUGAGUGCAUGUUUGUUUCUGAGCAAAACUUACUCCAGUAAUUUUUGCUUCUAGGAUACAUAAUGUUUUAUAUGAUGCUAUAAUUACCUUGUAAGGGGCUUUGUUCUUUGAAAUGGGGAACUCAUGGAACAUGAGCAUGUACUAAGAACACAGAUGAUGUGUGCAUGGAGUAGACUGCAGGGAAAUAUUAUAUAUAUAUAUAUUUUGAAUUAACUGUCUUCCUUCUGGGAACAAAGUAGGGUUGGGAUUGGGAAGGGAGAGGAAUGGGAAAAUUGAAAAGGAUAUGCUAUUAUAAAAUAUCACAACUAAUCACAAACUUUAAAAAAGUUUAAUGCUGCAUAAAGUACCUUGAAACUUCUAAGCCUGUUGAAAAAAAGGUUAAAGGGGUGCAUAUAUCUUACUUCCUUUGGUUUUCAGAAACUCUUUCCUGUUCUUUGCUCCUUGAUUACAGGAGCCCUGGACUAUCACAUAAAUGUGGAUGGAAUCUUGAGCCCCUUCGUAUAACUGCUCUGUCACCAUCAUAGUAUAUGUCAUGUAUUGUUUCCAAAUUGACUUCUAUUAUAUGUCUUUGAAAAGAUUGUAGUCAAGUGGUCUGAGCAUGGAGUUAGCUAGGAUUUUUAUUAAGGCCCAGAUCCUUUCUUUUUAUGUGGCUCUUACCUAAGUUAUCGAAUUUUGUGUGUCUUGAUUUCCUCACUUACUAGAUGGGGUCCAUACUAACCUCAAAAUGGUGUUGUGAGGAACCUUUAGUACUUGAAAUGUAUUUACAAAAUGUUUGAGGGCUGAGUUACUGCUCUUACUAAGAGAACUUUGUUUUUAGUGAUUCUUUGAAUGCACUAGGCACUUCUGAUUGUAGAUGUGGGUUGAAAUCCUGUCAUCUGGACGGAGAUUCAUGGUAGAACACCUCCCAAUAUCUAAUGCACAAUCUCUCUCUCUCUCUCUCUCUCCCUUUCUCCCUCUCUUCCUCCCUCCCUCCCUCCCUCC